AUGACUGAUCCUGAUUCCUUGGAUGCUGUCGCUGGUCCACUGAAGAAUGGGAGAGUGAAAAAGAGGAUUAUCGUUUGCUGUGAUGGCGUUAAUCUGCAACCAGGUGUCACAACACAGAAUCGCCUGUCAUAUACAAACGUCUUGCGUCUCGCCCGAACGAUAGAGCACGAAGACUUUCGUACAGUUCCUCCGACCCCGCAAAUCGUCUUUUACCAAUCCGGGAUCGGUUCCGCGGACAAUUUCUAUUCCGAAUACGUUGAAGGCGACAAAGUUGAAGAAGCUUAUGCGUUCAUUGCCCAUAACUAUUACCCAGGAGAUGAGGUCUUUCUCUUCGGCUUUUCUAGGGGAGCAUAUACUGCUCGAAUGGUCGCUAUGUUUAUCGGUGCGAUAGGUAUCCUUGAUCGCCAAAACAUGGAUUCGUUCGCUGGGAUCUUCAUUGCAUACCAGAACCUAGGUAAAACCACUGAUGAGAAAGAGAAGCAAAAGCUCAACGCUCAAUUGGCUCCAUGGAACGGCCCUAACUCCGCUGGAAUUCGUAGGGCGUAUGCAGGAGGUAGAGAUUUUUCUGUAAAAUGCCUCGGAGUUUUCGAAACUGUAGGCACACUUGGAUUGCCUGAAGAAAUAACAAUGCGCUCUCCCAAACUCAAGCGACUCUUCGGAUUCCCAGAUCGACUGCUUGGUCCGCAUAUCGAACGCGCUUACCAGGCGCUUGCGUUGAACGAGACCAGAGCUGAUUUCGUGUGUGCCAAGUUCGAACAAAAAGAAGAAGGUAGGAAGAAGGGUCAGAUAUUGAAACAAGUAAGUGAAUGUAUCUUGAUAUUUGGCAGUCGCUCAAUGAUUUUUGUUGGAGGUGGUUAUAAAGACCAUGACUUGGCUGAUAUCAGUCUGACAUGGAUGGUGGUACGUAACAUCCUGAAAUUGGAUAUCCACACUGGAAUUUCUGACCUAUUUAAUGACUACAAGGCGCACGUUAACGACAGUCUUGCGAUGGAUAUGAAAUACCUAGGCGGUCUUCUUGACCCGAUGGCUCCCUGGGGAACUCAAAAGCCGCAUGAUCCAGAGACUGGUAUCUUCGCACUUUCAAUAAGAGCUCAACGUCCUUUACCAACCAAAACCGACGAUACCACGCAUGAAAAGAUUCACCCGUCUGUUCUACACCAGAAGGACCUGUAUCCAGCGUUGGCGCAAGAUAUCAGAGACCAUCCCGAGCUUAUAGGUAUUCUUUUGCCUUUGGAGGAAGAAGUUAAGCAGAACUGGCCGUUUAAUCCGACUGUUGCUGCUGCUACGCUGAAGAGCGAGGUUCCGGAUAAAGGCCCUGGACCGCACCCUCUUCAUGAGCAUCGGUCUUUGAGUGGGAAAUUGGCUCAUGGGAUUGCGAAAGCGACUUCAUCGGUCCUGCAUAAAGUUUCUGGAGAUGAUGAAAAAGAAAAGAAUCAUAAGAGCGCUUGA